AUGUUGAACAUACUUUUUUCAUUAGUAUUUCUAUUUCAGAUUGCUAAUUCAGAAUGGAGGCUAAUUGAAAGUUAGUUUUAUUAAGAAAAUUUGUCAAACCUUAGAGGUUGGGAAUUUAAGAAAACUUGUACAGACAAUUCAGCUUAAGGAUCAUCAAUAAGACAAUGCUAAUCAAAUCCAUUAGAUAUCAUUCGUUUGAAAGAGGAUCGAACAAGAAUUGAGAAAGAAUUUUAUUAUCCUCAUUAUUAGCUUAGAAUAAUCACUGAUGUAUUUUACAUUCGAGCCAAAUCAAGUGCUAAUUCAGAGUUUAAAAUAUCAUUAAUCGAUUCAGGAGGAACUACUACUUUAUUUUCUAGAUUAUAUUAAGCAUCUACAAUAUAAUCAUAUGAUAAAGUAUGUAAAUUUGAUUGUUCAGGUAGCAGUUGUGGAGGUUUAGAUGAAACAAAAAUAGAAUUAAAAACAGUUAUAUUAAAUGGGAUAAAUCACUAGAAAUCGGUGUUUGAUGUUUCAUAUUGUUAUUUAUAUCAAGAUGAUUCAAUGAGAGUUGGACUAAGAAAUAUAUUAAUUUAUGUAAACACAUGUCAUUUUACUUGUGCAUCUUGUUCAGGAAGUACUGAAUAUGAUUGUUUAACAUGCUAUUAAGGUGGAUUAUAAGGAGGUAUAUGUAAAUGCGAUGAAUCAAAUUCUUACGUGUCAAUUUUGACUGGUUGCUCAUAAGAAUGUCCAAGAGAUUAUUAUCUAGCAGAUGAUUCUAAAUACUGUUAGUUUGAUUCAAGUAAGUCUUUUAUUAAAAAUAGGAAUACAAUCAAAGUUCAGUUAUUUUACUUCAACUUCUAUUAGUAAUGGCAACUUAUUACCUUAUGAUCCAUGGGUUUAUGUACCAGAUCCCUUUUAUCCAUCUAAUACAAAUAAAUUAGCUUUAUGUGGAAGUGAUGAUGUAAUAGGAAGAUUUUCAAAUUAUGAAAUGAUUUAUUUAAAAUUAGAUGAACAUAAAGGAUUAAAAUUCUUAAGAAUAAGAGCAUCCUUUUAUUUAUUUGGUUGGUAGACUGGUUCAUCAUUAAGAAUAACAGUAGAUUCUUAUUCAUAAGGAUUAAUUUUAAAGACAGCUUCUAAUUAUACUGUUUAGAAUGCCAGAUUAAAUAAAUUUAGUAGUUCAAGUUGUUCAGGAAAUAAUUAUGACUUAUUGAGAAUAGAAACAAUCCUUAAAACAUACACAACAACUCCUAUAAUUAAGAUUUAGGGUGUACCAACUUUAUAAACAGAAUAUUGGGCAUUCAAAAAUAUUACAAUUGAUUAUGGAUUAUGUUAGAGUAACUGUACAUCAUGUGAAACAUACUCUAGAUGUUUGAUUUGUGACUCAGGAUUCUAAUUAUAUAGAGGUACAUGUGUUAAUAAUUGUCCUAUUCAUACUACAUUAUUGGCCAAUGGAACAUGUUAAGAUUUUGAAGACCUUAUUUAAAGUAAUAAUUAUUAUAUAUUUGUAAUUAGAUAGUAGAUAUUUGAUAAAAGCAUUUUAUGACAUGAAUACUACGUUUGAAGGAGUGUCAUCAAUAAUAGAUAAUUUUACUGAUUUAGCUGGAACCAUUAAAACAUCAUUUACUGGAUCAAUUUAUUCUUUUGUACCUGAAAAAUCAGUAUUAGGAGGUGCUUUAGUGUGGUAAGUAGGGAAAUUUUAAAAAACAUUUAAUUCACUAAAACCACAUUAUAAAAUAAGUUAUAGACUUAACGUGACUUAUGGAGAUGAGAUGUCUGGAUGGUUUUCAUAUAAGUUUCAUUCUUUUCAAUCUUCAUAAUUAACAAAUCCAAAUACAGGAACUUCUAAUUCUAUAGGAGAUGUUAAAAAAGAGACUACAGUUUAUUAUUAAUUAUUAGAAUAACUUCAUUCUUCCCCUUAAUUAGAUAUAGUUUUAGCAGGAAAUACAAAUUAAGCUUCUUUAGAGGAUGCAUUUCUUUAUGUUUCAGAAUAUUUUGUUGUCGUUCAUUAUGUAUGUUUAUAAUUUAAAUAAGUGUGCACCUUUUUGUAAUUAAUGUAAUGGUCCAGCAAUCUCAGAUUGUUUAACUGGAUAAUACUCUGGAUAUAGUUUAACACAAUAUUGUAACACAAAUUAAUACUUAAAUUUCAAUAGUGCCACUUAAGUUUAUUCAUGUUAAACUUGUAAUCAAUUAGGAUGUUUAGAAUGUCAAAGUGAUUCUGUUUGUACAAAAUGCGAAUUCUCCAAUACUAAUAAAUUUUUAUUAGAUUAAGGAGAAUGUUAAUGUUAUCCUUCAGCUUAUUUAUCAGCUACAAAUUGUAUAUGUAAUUCAUUAUAAUUAUUUUAUAAGAAUGUAAUUAAUAUUGUGAAACUUGUUUUGGAUCAUUAAAUACUUAAUGUUAUACUUGUGUUUCUGAAUUUUAUAGAUCAAUUAAGAAAUAUUAAUGUUAAUGUAUUGAUGGAUAUUAUGAUGAUGGGUAUAAUUUACAAUGUUUACCCAUUUGUGGAGAUCAAAUAGUAGUAGAUGGAGAAGAUUGUGAUGAUGGUAAUAAUAAUCCAUUUGAUGGUUGUUAUUAAUGUAAAUAUGCAUGUUAAGAGAGCUGUUAAGAUUGUUAAAAUGGAAAAUGUUAUGAAUGUAAAGACAAUUAUAUUUUUAUUGAAUCUAUCCAUAAAUGUAUAAAUAAUUGUGGAGAUUCAAUUAUUAUAGGAAAUGAAGAAUGUGACGAUGGUAAUAUAUAUCCAUAUGAUGGUUGUUAUGAAUGUUAAUUUUAAUGUUAUGAAAAUUGUACUGAAUGUAUAUUUGGAAUUUGUUAUAAAUGUGAUGAAAACAAUGGAUGGUAUUUGACUGGAGUUAAUUGUGAACCAAUAUGUGGAGAUGGAAUUCUUGUUUAAGAUGUUGAAUAAUGUGAUGAUUAAAAUUAUAAUCCAUUUGAUAGAUGUGAUAUGUGUCAAUUAAAUUGUUCAGAAUAUUGUUUAUAAUGUUCUGAUGGAAAUUGUGUUUAAUGUAUCCCAGGAUUUAAAUAUGUAUCUGUAACAAAAUAAUGUAUACCUAUAUGUGGAGAUUUUUUAAUUGUUGCUUAUGAAGAAUGUGAUGAUAAUAAUUUUGUAGAAUUUGAUGGCUGUUAUUAAUGUGAAUUUAAAUGUCAAACUUAAUGUACUGAUUGUAGAUAUGGAACAUGUUAUGAAUGUAAUACUCCUGGUUGGGAGUUAAAUUUUUCUGAAUUUAUAUGUGAUAUUAAAUUGGAUGAUAAUCUUACUUCAUCCAUAACAGAAUAUUGUGAUGAUGGCAAUAUAAUUCCUAUGGAUGGUUGCUAUUAAUAGUAUUAUGAAUGUUAGGAUUCAUGUAAUGUUUGUUAUAAAGGUUAUUGUAUAUUCUGUAAGAAAAAUUGGUAUUUAAAUUUAUCUGACAAUCUCUGUUAUCCUAUUUGUGGUGAUUAAGUUAUUGUUGGAAAUGAAGAAUGUGAUGAUAAAAAUACCUUGAUGCAUGAUUCUUGUAAUUAAUGUUUUUUUUAAUGUGAUACUAAAUGUUAAUAGUGUGAUUUUGGAGAUUGUCUAUAAUGUGAAAUAGGAUAUUUCUUACUAAAUAAUAAGUGUAUUGAGAUUUGUGGAGAUGGCUUAGUUGUUGGUAAUGAACAAUGUGAUUCAAAUGAAAAAAUAUUAGAUUCCUUUUGUUUAAAUUGUAAAUAUAAUUGUGGAUCUAAUUGCUCUUUAUGUACAAAAGGAGGAUGUUAAUAAUGUAAAGAGGGUUAUUUAAUGAACAAUUAUGAAUGCUAACCUAUUUGUGGUGAUAAAAUAAGAGUAGAAUAGGAAUAAUGUGAUGAUGGAAAUGAUUAACCAUUUGAUGGUUGUCAUAAUUGUUAAUUUCAAUGUUAGGAGGAAUGUUUAGAUUGUAGAUUUAAUUAUUGCUAUGAUUGUAUGAUUGGAUAUUUAAAUAAAAACUUCAUUUGUAUUGAAAAUUGUGGUAAUUCUUUAUCUACUAAAAAUGAAAAAUGUGAUGAUGGUAACUUAGAAGCAUUUGAUGGCUGUUAUAAUUGUAAUUAUUCAUGUGAUGAAGAAUGUGAAAUAUGUUAAGAAGGAUUGUGUUUUAAAUGUAUCAAUAUUGGAUGGUAAAUCAAUAAAGUUAAUUAUUAAUGUGAACCAAUAUGUGGAGAUUAAAUUGUUGUUGGUAAUGAAUUUUGUGAUGAUGGUAAUGAUAUUAGAUAUGAUGGUUGUUUUGAAUGCUAUUAUGAAUGUGAAUAGGCAUGCACUAAUUGUGUUAAAGGGAUAUGCUAAGAGUGUAAUACAUUAGGAUGGUUAUUAGAAGAUUUUAAGUGUGUUGAAAUUUGUGGAGAUUUAAUAAUAGUUGGCAAUGAAUAAUGUGAUGAUGGUAAUAAUAUACCAUAUGAUGGAUGCUUUGAUUGUGAAUAUCAAUGUUAGAUAUAAUGUACUAAUUGUAAUAAAGGCAUUUGUGAAGAAUGUAAUACCUAUGGUUGGAUACUAGUAGAUUAAUAAUGUUCAACAUAUUGUGGUGAUGGGAUAGUAGUUUAACCAUAUGAAUUAUGUGAUGAUGGAAAUUAAUUUCCAUUUGAUGGUUGUUUUGAUUGUGAUUUCUAAUGUUAAGAAAUAUGUGGUGAAUGUAUUGAAGGUAGAUGCUAUAGAUGUGAUGAAUUAGGAUGGAUUAUUGAAAACUUUAUAUGUGUUCCAUAUUGUGGAGAUGGAUUGAUUGUAGGUAAUGAAUAAUGUGAUAGUGGAAAGUAAGUAGAUAGUUUUUGUAAAGAUUGUAUUUUAGUAUGUGAUAAAUAUUGUAUUGAUUGUAUUGAUGGAAUCUGUAAUCUUUGUGAUUAAGGAAGACAAUUAUAAAAUAAUUAUUGUAUUUCCUUAUGUGGAGAUGGAAUACUAGUUGAUGAAGACUGUGAUGAUGGUAAUCUUGAUAAUGGAGAUGGAUGUUCAGAGAGUUGCAAAGUUGAAAAUGAUUGGGUAUGUUUAAAUAUACAAUUUCUAACUAGUUCAUGUCUUUAUUCAAUAACUCCAAUUAUGAAACUCAACAAUAUCUAAUAAAAUCCAGAAAGUGUUGAAAUGGUAUCUAUUACUUUUAAUUAACCUAUGAUGCUUAAAUAUGAUGAAAACUAUACUGCUGAUCAUUAUUUCAGAGGCAACAUAACAAAUCUUUUAUUUGAAUAAUAUACUGUUAAUUUUGAAUUUAGAGUACCUCCUAAAUUUAACUAAGUAGAUAAUAUUGAAGCUGUAGCAACAAUUAAAUUUUAUGAAAAUAUUGAUGAUCCUAUUCUUAUUGUUAUUCUUAAUUAAAGUGCUAUAGUCACACAAUAUUAUACAAUUAUUAUAGAUAACGAAAAAGAAAUCAGAUUACAAACACCUAUUGUGCUUUCUUCAUCAUAAAUUAGCAUAUCAGAAAAUGCAAAAUCAUUUUUAAGCAUUGUUAUAUAUUUUAUGAUAACAUUAUCUGCAUUUUGUAUUAUUACUGGAUCUUUUGAAAUUUUUUGGAAUUUAAUGGAUUUACUUCAAUAUCUAUCCUAUAUAAAGUAUAUCAACAUUUAAUUUCCAACAAAUCUUAAUAUUUAUUUUGAAGUAUUUAAGUUAAUAUCAAUUCAACCAUUAAUGGAAUUUACAGGAAUAAGUUCAAUAUUCAGUAUUGCUGAUGGAGAAGAAGAGUACAUUGUAGAAACUUCAGAUAAAUUUAAAUAAGAUUAGAUUAAUGGAUACUUUUAUAAUAAUUUUUAAAGUUCGAUCUUUUGCUUUUUGGGUUUGUUCUUUGGAUACAUAAUAGCCAAAAGUUUAACAUAAUUUUUAUAUACAUUAGGACCUUAUCAAUUAGCUAAUUUUGGCUUUUACCCAACUAAGUUCAUAUAUAUUUUUAGAAAUAUAUUAAGAAAAAGCUAUAAAGCAUUUUAUUUUAGUGCAAUUAUUAAAAUGAUAAUGUCAAAUUAUUAUGAUAUUAGUUUUUCUGUAUUUAUCUAAUUAAACCAUUUUAACACAGAUAACAUAGUACUUUAAUUAAAUUCUUAUGCUGCUUUAGUUGUUUGUGCUUUAUAACUAUUAUUUUUUACUUAUAUGUUCACUAAAUAACUUUCAUUUACAAAGAAAGUAACAACUAAAAAUAUUGAAUAAUACUCUGCUUUAUUUGAAGGAGUAGCAGAUUCUACUAACAUAUGGAUUACAUAAUAUAACACAAUAUUGCUAUUAAAAAAAUAAAUUUUCAUAUUUUUAAUUGUAUAUAUGGGAUAAAAUGGUCCUUUAUAAACAAUAAUGAUAGGAUUAAUUUAAACAAUAUUUCUCUUGUAUGUAUUUGUUCAGAAACCUCUUUAAAAUGUCUAGGAGUACUAUAAAAUAUUAGUUGCUGAAUCUUUGUUGGCUUUUAACACUUUAUUAUUUUUGACUUAUUAAUAUAGAUUGUAACUAGAAUUGUCAAUAGAUGAUUAUAUAAUGAUUGGAUGGAUUCAUAUUGCAAGUUUUAGUUUCAUUCUUCUAUUUUCAUUAAUUUUUGAUAUUAAAUCCUAAGCAUCUAUUUUGUAUAAAAGGGUUAUCAAAAUGAUCCACGGAAAAUAGCCAGAAAUUAAAUCAGGAACUGUUAUAUUUUAUUGA